AUGGUCUGCGCCCUCCAACUCCGCUCCCUGCUCUGCCUUUCUUCGCUAUACCUCCCCUUCCGAUAUCUGGCCACCCAUGUCCUUCCGUGCUCUAUCUUAUUGUCUUUGCCCUCCCUGUUCUGCCCUCCUCUGCUCUGCCAUCCCAUGCUCUACCAUCACUGUGUUCUACCCUCCCCUGCUCUGCACCCCACUGAUCUGUCCUCCUGUGCUUUGCUCUCCUGUGAGCUGCCCUAUCCUGCUCAGGCACCCCCCCUUCUCUGCCCUCCUCUGCCCUCCGAGCUCUGUGUUAGUGUGCUAUGCUCUCCCUGCUAUGCCCUCCUAUGCUCUGUCCUCCCCUAUCUGCCCUCCCAUGCGCCCCCCCCUCCUGCUCUGCCCUCCCCUGAUUUGCCUCCCGUGCGUUCCCCUCCCAUGUCCUGCCCUCUCCUGCUCUGCCCCCGCCCUCCCCUGCCCUCCCGUGCUCUGUCUUAUUGUGCUGUGCUAUCCCUGCUAUGCCCUCCCCUGCUAUGCCCUCCCCUGCUCUGCCCUCCCCUGCUCUGCCCUCCCCUGCUCUGCCCUCCCUGCUCUGCCCUGCCCUCCUCUGCCCUCCCUCCUCUGCCCUCCGUGCCCUGCCCUCCGUGCUCUGCCCUCCCUGCUCUGCCCUCCCUGCUCUGCCCUCCACAGCUGUGCCCUCCCAUGGUCUGCCCUCCAGUGCCUUGCCCUCCCAUGUGCUGCCCUGUCCUGCUCUGCCCUCCCCUGGUCUGCCCUCCCCUGAUCUGCCCUCCCGUGUGCUGCCCCGACCUACUCUGCCCUCCCCUGCCCUCCCAUACUAAGUCUUUACGUUCUUUGUCCUCCCCUGCUCUGCCCUCCCCUGCUCUUCCCUCCUGUGUGCUGCCCUCUCCUACUCUGCCCUCCCCUUCUCUGCCCUCCCCUGCUCUGCCCUCCCGUGUGCUGCCCUCUCCUACUCUGCCCUCCCCUUCUCUGCCCUCCCCUGCUAUGCCCUCCCCUGCUCGCCCCUCCCCUGAUUUGCCUCCCCUGCGUUGCCCUCCCAUGUGCUGCCCUCUCCUGCUCUGCCCCCGCCCUACUUUAAAUGCUUUGCCCUCCCAUGUGCUGCCCGCCACCGGUUCUGCCCCCGCCCUACUCUGCCCUCCCCUGCCCUCCCAUCCUAAGUCUUUACGUUCUUUGUCUUCCCUGCUCUGUCCUCCCCUGCGCUUCCCUCCCCAUGCUCUGCCCUCCCGUGUGCUGCCCUCUCCUGCUCUGCCCUCCCCUGCUCUGCCCUACCCUGCUCUGCCCUCCCGUGUGUUGCCCUCUCCUACCCCGCCCUCCCCUUCUCUGCCCUCCCCUGCCCUCCCGUGCUCUGUCUUAACACACCCUUUUGCGACAUGUUUUUGGGGCAGGGGCGAGAGGAUGAAGGAUCCUUAUGGGAUCGAUUGCUGCUUUGCCGUCCUGUAUGCAGCCAUUCAUUGUUCUGCCCCACCAUGCUAUAACCUCCCAUGUUCUACUCCCCCCCCCUCUGUUCUCCCCUCCCAUGUGCUGCCCGCCAACCCUCCACCCUCCCCUGAUUUGCCGUCCCGUAUGCAGCCGUUCAUUGUUCUGCCCUCCCUUGCCAUGGCCUCCCAUAUUCUGCCCCCAAAUGCUACGUCAUCCCGUGUGCUGCCCCCCAACCUUCCACCCUCCCCUGCGUUGCCGUACCUUUUGCUGGCCACCCGUGCUCUGCGACAUGUUUUUUUCAGGCCUUGGAGACCGGUUCCCCAGCAGUCACAGGCUCCUUCACAAAGGUGA